AUGCCUUUUAUUAAAAGCAAAUCACAGCAUGAUCAACAACAUGAAUUAAACCAUACUUUAAGUGUUCUUCCCGUUUUUACACCAUUAAAUCAUUAUCGUUACUAUCACGUAAAUGGUUCAACAUCGACUAUGUUAUUACACAGUCUUAUAGCAUUUGCUAGAAAAACAACUCGAUAUAGUAUUGAUACUGAAAGUGAUUGUAUUACACGUAAGCCUUCACUUAUCCAAAUAGAGUUUAUCCAAGAUGAAUCAGUUGUUUUAUUAUUUGAAGUACACCAUUUACCACAUAAAUUAUCUAUAUCAUUCUGGCUAAUAAAAUCUCUGUUUAAAAUAAUCUUAAAUCCAAAAAAUAUGAUAUUUUCAUGGGGUAAUGCAAAAGACGAACUAACUAAUUUUCUUUCAUUCGGUCUAUUUUCAUCAGCAGCUAUUUAUGACAUGGAUGAUUUUAAUAUACAGAAUCGCUUUCAAAAGUGGUAUAAAGAAAAUUUUAAAAUAAAAACUGUUCAUCCAUCACCUGUUAUUCACGAAAUAAUAAGUACAUACGGAAAUAAAUCACUUAAACGUUCGAAUUUUAAAUGGUCGCUUCAGAUGGCUAUAGCUUAUACAUUCAACGAAUUUCAUGAUAAAAGCAAAAGAAUGAACAAUUGGAGUCGUUCACUUGAUUUGAGAAAUUUGUAUAUCCCAUCUGUAGUAACUACACAAGAAAAAAAAGAGAUCGAACACAUGAUACAAUAUACUAUAGAUGAUUGCUUAACAGUUACUAAACUAGUAACUGUAUUAAAACUCGAUUAUCGAAAAGAACCAUUCGAAAAGAAUUAUUUUUUUUUCGAUGAUAUUGAUGCCGAUGGUUAUGAUAUUUUAUCUUAA